CAUCCUCCAUUUGAAGCUGUGGUUAGCUCUUGGCUAAUUGCUUAGCGUUCAAACCUGGUUCAAACACGCAUUAAUAGAUUUUUAAAAAGCGGGGUUUGCUUUAUAUGUGGAGAUGUUCUCUAAUCCGGACCUUCUGCGGUAGGUUAGUUAACGCAUCACCUAUCUUUGAAACACUCACCUGGAGAAACAAACUUAACGCAGCAUUAACAAGUUAACUGGAGUUAGCAUUAGCUCCCAUGUUGGUCCCCAUGUCAGUGAAGAACUCCACACCGAGCCGGACCCAUCAGACCGGGGCCCCUCAGAACCCUCCGACCCGGACCCAUCAGACCGGGGCCCCUCAGAACCCUCAGACCCCUCAGACCCGGACCCAGGAGCAGCAGAGAGCCCACGCCAAAAGACUCACCUGGUUCCUGUCUCAGUACUCCCACCUGUCCGACUCCUUUAUUAUCGAGUUUUUCACUGAAGAUCUGUGGCACACCUUACCUGAGUCGUGGCAGUCGGCGCUGAACCACCUGUCCUAUCGGCAGACUGCAGAGCUGCUACUGGAUGCUGCUCAUGGAGAGGAGAGGAGAUAUCCACUUGUGUGGCCUCUGUCUCUCUUGGCGUUUCGGGCCUCAGCUCACGCUCUGGCAUUUCCCAGAGAGUGCAAAAAGCAGCAAGGCAGGGCGAGUGGCUCGCCGAAACCCGACGAGUUUCUGGAAAAUCAAAGUCAGAGCUCGCUGCUGGGACACGCUUUCAGGAAACACGUCAAACCCAAGAAACAGCACGAGAUCCGCCAGCUAGGCACGCGGGUGAAGCAGCUUUGUGAGCAGACUGGCUGCAGCAGAGUCGUGGACGUGGGCUCUGGACAGGGUCAUCUGUCUCGCUUCCUGUCCUUCGGGCUUGGAUUGUCUGUGACGGCGAUUGAAGCUGAUCGAACCUUGGUUACCAUGGCGACAAAGUUUGAUGGACAGUUACUGUUGGCCUUAGAGAAGGAACGCCAGAAAAAGAAAUGUUCCUCUCUUGUCCCAGCAUCACAGUCGCCUCCUCGCCAUGUGGCAGGUUGGGUAAACCCCAAGGCAUCAUGGAAGGACUUCAUGAAGCAGCUGAGUACUGCAGAGUGUGUCAGAGACCAUCCUCAAACACCAUCUGGACCCAGCAAGAAGAGACUGCGGGGCUCUGAGCAAGAUGAAUAUUCUGAUGAGGUCCAGACUCUGUCAUGCCCGGGAUCCACAAGAUCUGAAUCUUACUCUCUGGACUUUGAUAUGACGUCACAAAACGAGUGUGAAGACAGCUCCUGCUGCAUGCGUAUGCAGACACUCUGUCAGGAGGGUGAACAUCCUGACUCAAACCAACUUAGGGGAUAUCCAGACUUUGUCCUGACUGGUCUUCACGCCUGCGGUGACCUCAGUGCAACCCUCCUUCGCCACUUUGUAAACUGCCCUCAUGUACGCGGCAUCACCUCUGUGGCGUGUUGCUACAUGAAAAUCACAACCAAAGAAAACCCCACCCCACCAGGACUUGUGGAACAGCCAGCUUUGCUGACACCAAGCCAGGACUCCCCUCCCUCAGAGUUCGGUUAUCCUAUGAGCUCGUGGGUGCGAGGGCUGCCGGGUCAUCGACUGUCCUAUAAGGCGCGGGAGGGGGCAUGUCACGCUAUCGAUGACUACAUACAAAGACUUCGGGAGGAAAGCGAGCUGCUGAGGACGCACUGUUAUCGGGCCGCACUGGAGGCUUUCAUCAGGGUUAAAAUGCCGGAUCUGCGCAGGGCGGGUAUCCAGACAAUUAAGAAAGCACACCUAUUACCGUUUACAGAGUACGCUCGUCUGGGCUUUGCUCGUGUUGGCCUGCCUCCUGGGUUGCCUUUGGACCCGGAGCGGGUGGAGGCCAUGUUGAAGCAGCAGGGGCGGGUGGUGGUGUACUUCAGCCUGGUCCUGCUGCUGGCUCCUGUGGUGGAGACGCUGGUCCUGCUGGACAGGAUGAUCUACCUGCAGGAGAACGGCAUGGACAGUCAGCUGGUUCCUCUCUUUGACCCAAACUUAUCUCCAAGAAACAUUGUGCUGGUGGCUCUGAAGACUCGAGGAUGUCCAAUUACGGCAACUACCAAAGUCUAGCUCUGUUUGUUUUAUUAACAAAACAAGGAAGUCUUAAUGUUAAUUCUUUGUAUUUGCCUUCUGUUUUUAGUAAUAUUAAUAAAAAAUUCUUGUUGGAUGUAAACCCUCUCAUUUCUUAUUUAAUGAGAAUGAAAACUGGAACCCUUUUCAGAUUCUUCAGUGCAGGAACAAGCUCUCGUGUCAAAAUGUCCAAACAUCAGGAUUUAUUGACCUCAUGCACUCUUCCCCUCUGAGUUUCCAGGUGAUGCACGUACGCUGUCAUGCCUUUUUUGUUUCUUCUUCCAAUUUUCUUUUUAUUGGCAUCCAGAAGUUUUACAAGAAUGAACAAAAACCUUCAUGUCUUGUCCCUUUAACCAUGUUCACAGCAUCACAGAUUUCAGUGCAUUAUGUUAAAGCACACCAUUCUUUUAACUUACAGCCUUUUUUGUUUCAAUAACAUGCUCCGGAUUCUGCAUGUCCCAACAUGUGUUUUGUGGUUUGACUUGUUAUUUUGAUUUAAAUAUUCACCUCCUCUUUGUAAAGCACGAAUGUGCUCUGUUUAUCUGAAACACAACGCAAUAAAGAAAACUCAAAUCAAAUCAAAAAAGUGUUUGCACUGAAUUGGAUGUUAGACUGC